AUGCUCACUUCUGCCCAAAUUCUCACACACUACGAUCCGCGCAAGGAUAUCUUCCUUGCCGUGGAUGCUUCUUCGAAGGGGCUUGGUGCAGUCAUCUACCAUCGUAUUAACGGCCAAGAUCGACCGAUUGCACAUGCAUCAAAGACAUUGACACCAGCUGAGACCAAAUACGCUCAGAUAGAGCGGGAAGCCCUUGCCAUUAUCUUUGGGGUCAAGAAGUUUCACCAAUAUUUGUGGGGGCGAAGGUUUACGCUUUUCACAGACCACAAGCCUUUAACGGUGAUUUUCGGGUCUAAGAAAGGCAUUCCCGUUACUACAGCAAGUCGUCUACAGCGGUGGGCAAUCAUCCUCAUGAGCUAUUCAUUUGAUAUACAAUUCAAGUCUACGAACAACAUCGCCAAUGCUGAUGGACUAUCCAGGCUUCCAGAGGGCCCCGAUUUGACGUUUGAUGAGCAAAUGCAGCGAGGAAUUUUCAACGUCGAGGACGAAGAGAUUAACGCGGUACACGACUUUCAUAUGUCUACUCUGCCAGUCACCGCUAAGCAUAUCGCAGACGCCACUCAGAAAGAUCACUGCUUGGCGCAAGUCUUGGAGUUUAUUGUCAAUGGCUGGCCAAAGAAUCCGGAGCCACAGUUUGCCAUGUAUUUUCAGAAGCCAACUGAACUGACAUCUCACAGAGGAUGUGUCCUUUGGGGACUGCGCACCGUGAUUCCGGAGAAGUAUCGAGCGGAUUUGCUGGACACUCUACAUGAUUGUCAUGUUGGACAGACCAAAAUGAAAAUGCUCGCCCGCUCAUACUUGUGGUGGCCAGGUCUUGACAAGGAUAUUGAAGCAAAGGUGCAACAUUGCGAUCAAUGUGCAUCCGUCGCGGCACAAGAAUCUCCGGUGCCACUUCAUCAGUGGGAGUCACCAGAGAAGCCCUGGUGUCGACCGCAUGCUGAUUUUGCAGAGCUGCAAGGGAAUCAUUAUUUUGUCUUAGUAGACGCUUUCAGCAAGUGGCCAGAAGUUGUGCGCAUGGUGUCUACCACAGCAAUCAAGACUAUUGACGUGUUGAAAGACAUCUUUCUUCACAACGGUCUUCCCGAGGUACUGGUGUCGGACAAUGGCCCUCCUUUCACCAGUCAACUUUUCGAACGUUUCUUGUCGGAACAAGGAAUUCAUCAUGUUCGGACACGUCCAUAUCAUCCCAAGUCGAACGGUCAAGCAGAGAACUUUGUCCGAACUUUAAAAGCUGCGGUGUCCCGUUCAAGUGUGGAGGACAGGGAGGUUUUGAGAAGUUUCAUUUUCAAAUACCGGGUAACCCCACAUGCAUCGACCGGCCGUCCACCAUGUGAGUUACUCAACAAUCGGCAUUAUCGGUCCGUGCUGGAUCUUGUACGGCCCGCUGGCCCGUCUUCAUCUCCUCCUGCAAGAGACGUCGCCGCUAAGGAACGUCAGAAGCGAUGUCACGACAAACGAGCACGAGACAGAUCUUUUGGGUCCAACACGUGUGUCUGGAUGCAUGACCCACACAAAAAGGGACACUGGAGUAGUGCGACUAUUGUGGGCCAGGAGGGGAAGGUUAUAUUCCGAGUGCGAGACGCUGAUGGUUAG